AUGACGACCAAUAACCCACUUAUACCAAAUGAACACCCAGAGAUAUCAAAUAUAAUUAAUAAUUUACAAAAUAAAAAGAUAUUAGAUUUAAAAGUAUUUCUUGAAAAUACUAAACAGUUUAGCGAUUUUAGAAAACAUUUAAUAGAAAAGAAUAAAUACUCAUUGGCAUCAAUGUUACAAUGCUACGAAUCAAUCCAAUCAUUUAAACAAUCAUUUUUAGUCGAUAACCCACCUUUCAAUCUUAAAUUAGCAAAUGAUAUCAUUUCCACAUUUUUAGUUAAACCUGGCAGCAUAUCACCAAACUCUAGUUCAAUUUUAACAAACCCUCCAGCAACCAAUAAUAGCAACCCAUUAUCAAACUCAAGCUCAAGUAUUUCACCACCACCCUCAACUUCAUUUUAUAUUGGAUUUAUUGAUGCCAGCGUAUAUAAUAGUUUAAAAAUUUUAUUAGAUCCCCUUUGGCAAAAACCAAGCAACAGUACUCCAACAACUCCAUUAUCAGUAUCAACAAACGCUACAUCAACAACAAGUGGUCUUAAUACAAGUGGUUCACUUUUUGAUUCAUCACCAUUGGGUGGUGGUUUAUUUCAAGAUGAUGAUUCAGGUUUAUUUGGUGAGAGUGACAGUAAUAGCAAUAACAAUAGUAAUAGUAAUGAUAAUAAUACCACCACAAACACAUCAAUAGAAGAUCCAGAGGAACCUACCAAAGAACAAAAAAAGAAACAAAAAGAAAUUAAAGAUGAUUUAUCAUCACACGUAACACAUAACCUUUUUGAUGUAUUACAAGAAUUUUUACUCUUCAAAUUAGAAAAUGAAUACAAAAAAUAUAUAAACUCAAUCGUAAGUAAUUUAGAACCAUUGGUUUUUUUUACAAACAAUCAAAUGACAGAAGUUUUAGAUUCACCAUUAACACCACAAAAAAAUGAUAAAGAAGACUCGAUGAAAUAUUAUAUUAAUAAUCACCAACACCAACCAACAAAUGUAGCAAACUUUAAUAAAUUAGAAGGCGAGAAAAAUAUUGUAUGGUUUAAUGACCAGGAAUGUAUGCCAGUAUAUUAUAUGGACUAUAUAACAGGAGAAACUAUACCAUCAUUAUUAUAUAUAACAAUUUUUAGAUUUGUAUUUGUCAACAAACUCACUUAUAACGAACUAUCAUCAAUACCACUAGCAACCGUUUAUCGUGUCGAUAAGGUUAAUAAUUUCAAAGUCGAUUCUACUAUAUGUAUAUGGGGCAAAAAUUUUAGAAGAAUUGAAUUUUUUGUAUCCCAAAAAGAUUUUUCAAUACAACAACAACAGCAACUAAUUUAUGGUACUAAUCAUCACUAUCACCAUAGCUCAUCAGAUAACAUGGAUAUCAUUAUGCCAAUUAUAACUAGAAUGAGACAAUUUGCUUUUCAAGAUGUUCCAAAUUUAUUUGCUUUUAAAUAUUCCCCAAAUAAACAAAAAAUGCCAGAUGGGUGGCGUGUCCAUAGUGACUUUAAAGAUUUUAUGCGACAGGGUAUUCUUUCAGAGGCACCAGGAUCAAAUAAUAAAUGGCGUUAUUCAGAUGUUAAUAUAGAACAUGUCAAUCCAACCUAUCCAACACUUUUAGUGGUCCCACACAAUAUCAACGAUGAUGAAGUCCGUACCUGCAUGAACUUUAGAUCAAAAGGUCGUAUUCCAGCCUUAUCAUGGAUCAGUAGGGAUGGUGUACCAUUGGCUCGUUCAUCCCAACCAAUGGUUGGUAUUACCAGGCAAAAAUGCUCGGUUGAUGAAAAAUUAGUGGAUGCUAUCCGUUUAGCAUGCCCAACAAAAAAAUCCCUUUAUCUCUUGGAUGCACGUCCAAAAGCCAAUGCUAUUGCAAAUGUUGCCAAAGGUAUGGGUUAUGAAUUAAACUAUAACUGUGAUAUAGAGUUCCUUGGAAUUGCAAAUAUUCACUCUAUGAGAGACUCUAUUAACAAAUUGGAAUCAUUUGUUCAAUCAAACAAUGAUGAAAAUUGGUUAAGUGGUCUCAAUGAAACCAAAUGGUUGGAUCAUGUACGUACUGUUCUUUUAGGUGUAUCUAGGGCCUGUCUUUUAAUAAACUAUGGCCAUCCAGUUUUAUUACAUUGUUCCGAUGGCUGGGAUCGUACUGCUCAACUUACAUCACUAACUAUGAUGAUACAAGACCCAUACUACCGUACAAUUGAAGGUCUUCAGGUUUUAAUCGAAAAGGAAUGGCUUUCAUUUGGUCACUGUUUCAUGAACCGUGUUAGACAUGGUGACCGUAACUGCUACUCUGAUAGCCAAAGAUCCCCAAUUUUCCUUCAAUUCAUCGAUUGCGUUUUUCAAUUAAUGAACCAAUACUAUGAUUACUUUGAAUUCAACGAAAACUAUUUAAUUACAAUUUUGGACGCUCUUUACUCAUGUCAAUUCGGUACCUUCCUUUGCAACAAUGAUAAAGAAAGAUCCGCCAUCAAAAAAGAUACUGUGUCACUAUGGAGUGUCAUUAACUCCAAUCCAUUAGAUCCCUUCAAAAACCCAUUCUAUAACAACAAGUCUCUCAAACCAUACCACUUGCCAGAAUGGAGAAGCGAACAUAUUGUUCUUUGGAAGAAUUAUUAUUUAAGAUAUUGGAGAAACCCAAUAAAAGAACCAAUGAACUAUCAAAAUAUUGCAAUUUCGUUAAAAUUAAAAAAUGAUGACUUAUUAAAACAAAUUCAAAGUUUAUUAAAUCAAAAUUUUGAAUUAUCUAAAAAACUAGAAGAUAAUAAUCAAACAAAUAGUAAUAAUGAAAAUAAUAAUGGCAAUAUUGAUAAUGAAAAUAAUAAUAACGAUAGCAACAAUAAUGAUGAAAACAGUAACGAAAAUAAUAACAAUGUGAUCGAAAAUAAUUUAAAUAAUUUAAAUUUAGAUAACUCCCAAGAAUAA